AUGGAAGAGAAGGGCCUAAAUAAUAACAUGAUCAUACAUGUUGUUCCUUAUAAGGCUAGGGAAAUUGUAAAGAAAAUUGGUCAAGGCCUACAACUGUCAAUUUAUCAGCAGCAUUGAGAUGGAGGCGGUGGAGACGGCGGCGAAGAGCGUCGUUCUACAACGCGCCGCGCUCCUAGUCUACGGCUAGCCAACGGUCGGGUGGCAUCAGCCCAGUCCGAAGAAGAGAUCCGAUCACCGCCACCGCGACGGCUCGCCAAAGAUGAUUCGAUAAAAAUCAGCAUCGAAAACACCAACACGUGCACGGACUCGCUGGUGACCGCGUUGGACGAUGAAACUUUACUUAUAGCCGAUUGUCUGUCCAACGACAUGAACUACAAGGGUAGCGGUAAAGUCCAUUUCGGAGUGGACGACAUGUCGCUCUACGGGACGCCCAAAGAAGAUCCCGGUCCCAUCACGAUGGGAUCAGUGGAAACUAGCAAACAGAGUUUUCUCAAGAACCAGCUACAAGCCCUUUUCCAACCUACCGAUAAUAAAUUGGCGAUGAAAUUGUUCGGUUCCAAGAAGGCGCUGAUGAAGGAACGGAUACGACAGAAAGCGUCCGGACAUUGGGUUAUACAUCCCUGUUCCAGCUUCCGGUUUUACUGGGACUUGUGCAUGUUACUACUGCUGGUAGCGAAUUUAAUAAUUUUACCUGUGGCCAUAAGUUUCUUCAACGACGAUUUAAGCACACGAUGGAUAGCGUUCAACUGUCUAUCGGAUACGAUAUUCUUAAUCGAUAUUGUAGUCAAUUUUAGAACAGGUAUAAUGCAACAAGACAAUGCAGAACAAGUAAUAUUAGACCCCAGACUAAUAGCCCGGCACUAUCUUAGGGACGUGGUUUUUUCUAGACCUCAUUUCAUCGAUACCUUUAGAUUAUAUAUUUUUAAUUUUCAAUCAGGACUUUUCUAUACUGCAGAAUUCCUAAAUAUGGCCAGCGUUUUCAUGCGGAUAUUCAACCUUAUCUGUAUGAUGCUACUAAUUGGCCAUUGGUCCGGAUGUUUGCAAUUCUUGGUUCCCAUGUUGCAAGGGUUCCCAGCCAAUUCUUGGGUGGCCAUUAACGAAUUACAGGAAUCGUACUGGUUGGAACAAUAUUCAUGGGCCCUCUUCAAAGCAAUGUCCCAUAUGCUGUGUAUAGGAUACGGAAGAUUCCCACCUCAAUCUUUAACCGAUAUGUGGCUUACCAUGUUAUCGAUGAUAUCUGGAGCGACUUGUUACGCUCUUUUCCUGGGUCACGCCACCAAUCUGAUCCAGAGUUUAGAUUCGUCAAGGAGGCAAUAUCGAGAAAAGGUUAAACAAGUAGAAGAAUAUAUGGCCUACCGGAAGUUACCGAGAGAAAUGCGACAAAGAAUCACCGAAUAUUUCGAGCACCGUUACCAAGGGAAAUUUUUCGACGAAGAUAUCAUUUUGGGAGAAUUAUCGGAAAAACUUCGAGAAGACGUUAUCAACUACAACUGUCGCUCGCUGGUGGCGUCUGUGCCUUUUUUCGCAAACGCAGAUUCGAAUUUCGUAUCGGACGUCGUUACCAAAUUAAAAUAUGAAGUCUUCCAACCAGGUGAUAUAAUAAUAAAAGAAGGCACCAUUGGUACCAAAAUGUACUUCAUCCAAGAAGGAAUCGUCGACAUAGUGAUGGCCAACGGUGAAGUAGCAACCAGCCUGAGCGACGGUUCCUAUUUCGGCGAAAUUUGCCUGUUGACGAACGCCCGACGAGUCGCCUCUGUACGAUCGGAAACUUAUUGCAACCUUUUUUCGUUGUCCGUUGACCACUUCAAUGCGGUACUCGACCAGUACCCGCUCAUGCGCCGUACCAUGGAGUCAGUGGCGGCGGAGAGGUUGAACAAAAUCGGCAAAAAUCCAAACCUUCUAGCCCACCGAGAAGAAGAUCUGGGUAGCGAAAGCAAGACCAUCAAUGCCGUCGUGAACGCUCUAGCAGCCGAAGCCGAUCACACCAACAUGUCGCAAGAAUCCGUUGCCAAAAUGCAUUGUGAAGGAGAUUGUGAUUCAUUAUCCGAACACUGUUUCGAACGUAGCCCGCAAAAAAGGACAGUAUUGCCGAGACCGAAGUCGGAAAAUAAUUUUUUAUCGCAAGAUAUUUCGUUAGUGAUUAGUUCGAACGGCAAACCGCUGUUUCAUAAGUCAGAUACAAUACAUAAGCAGAUGCAAUGACGUCACUCCACGCACUAGUGUCUAGGGUUGACAGGUCGGCUCGGUAAAAUUCCAACGAUGUCCGUUGUCCGGACAUCGCUGGCGAUUUUUACGGAGUACAUUUGAACUUGUCAAAAUUCGUCCACUGGUGCGUGAUCGAUUUUUAACUCUAUACCACUAAAAGAAAAAAGGACAACCGGAAUUUAAACAAGCAAUACUUAUUUUAAUUAAAUGACUUCUGAGUUAUCAAAAAAAUGCAAUAUUAGAGAGUUUCUUCUAUGUAACUGAUGAGCUUUAAAAUUGUGCUCAAAAUAUUUCUUGUUAUGAUUUUUGUGACACACAUACACUGUUUAGUCUAUAAGUAGCAUAUCCAAGGAAAAUAACUAUUUUUAGGUAAAUUAUUUUCAUUUUUAAUUGAAACGCUUAGAAAAAAACGUUCAUGUCCAGAAUAAACUGAAUGUCGAUUAAAAAAGUCAAUUAAAAAAUCAAGAAUUGGUGCUCUGCAAUAUGGCACUCAAAUCUCCUCACAUUUAUUUUUCUAUUAUUUCUUGAGGCACUAUCGACACUGAAAAUCGUUUUAAUGUUUUGUUGCCUCCUUAGGCUGCAUCUCCACGUUCUUCAAGGUUUUCGAAUGGAUGGAUUGGCAGGACUUGUAUGAUGCAGAUCCAGAAUCGAGGAAGAAGAGGAUUCAAAAAGACACUAAAUGGUACCUGUGAUAUUAUCGAUCUUCCAUAUAGUAUUUUGGCAGGAGAUUGACCGUUUGCAUUGUUUCCAAUAGUCUUUUGUAGUACAUCUCCUUGUUUAGUGAUCCGUUUACCAUGUAUUUGAUUAUUAACGCCUUCAUAAAUUUCACAACUGCCUCUUCAUGUCCGUUGCUUUGCGGAUAAUGGGGUGUAGAUGCGGCAAAUUUCACUUCUUCAAAAAUAAUUAAAAUUCACGAGAUGAAUACUGUCCUCUUUUAUCUGACCUGAAUCUAACGGGAACACCAGUAUCAGCGAAAAUUUUAUACAAAUAAUUCAUAAUCUCUCCACUGUUGGGAUCUUUAUUUCCAUAAUAGCACACGAUAUGCCAUCCAGAUAAACGAUCUACGUAAACCAUAAAGUGUUUUCCGGCAGUAGGUAUUAAACCAAUCCGAGGAGACAUCCUCAAAUGGGCGACUUGCUAAUUAGUCCAUUAUAAAUGUCUCCUUUGAUAAUGAACUUCUAUUGUCUUGACAAGAUUGGCAUGCUUCAAUGCAUUGUUCUACAUCACUUGCCAUUGCCAAUAUACAAAUUGACAAGCUCUUCGUAUUGUUCUAUUAAUGUCUUACUGAGAAGCGUGUAGUUUCUCGAGAAUUAUUUUACGUUUGGGUAUCAAAAUUCUAUUUCCCUUAACUAUUAGCUCAUUAUCGUAGCUAUAAGUUCUUCUCGAAUAUUUCAGAAAGGCAAUAAAACCGCUUCGAUAUCUUUUUUAUUUUUUGGAAAACCAUUUUGAGUCCGGCCCACAAGCAGCCUAUAUUCCUCGUCUUCUUUUGCUAAGGCUUGAAGUUGCAAAAUCAUAGGAUUUCUCAGAUGAGAACUUCGGACUUCGUCCGAUGUAUUGUCUGCCAAAGAUAUUUAUUGGAUUAUCAUGGUUUUCAUGUGACUUGUUGCUUCUUCUGCCAGUAAAUCUUCUUCCAUUGGAUUUGAAAUUGGCGCGCGAGAAAGAGCAUCAGGAAUAAAGUGUUCCUUCCGUUUUCGCCAUUCCGCUUUAUAUCCAUAUCCUGACAACUUUUAGUCUUUGUAGUCUCGGAUUUUCGAUUGAAUCUAGACUGAAUUUAUUUAGGAUAGCUAUAACUGACUGUUGUAUACCUAAGAGGUAUAACAUACAUUUCAUCACAGCCCACGUUAUACCCAAGAGUUCUAUCUUGAUCAUCGCGUAUUAUGUUUCUGUAUCAGAUGAAAAACGACAACCGCAUUGUAUUCGCUUCCAUCCAUCUCCAUGUUUUUGAAGUAGCGCAGAUUCCCAAUCCAUUCGUUUUUGAUGCCUUUGCAUGUAGAGCUGUCGCUUUAGUACGAUCAAAAUAAGUUAGAAUAGGAAGAUUUGCCAAAGCUUUUCUGACAUUGUUAAAUGCUUCAUGAUGAUUUUCACUCCCAAUAAAUUGAUUUUAUAACUUUAGAAGUUCUCUAAGUGUGGUCUAGCAGUGUCGCUUAUUUCUGAGGAGAAAGACCCCAUGAAAGAUCUAAGCUGGGUAAUAUUCUGUGGAACUGGAAUUUUUUUAUAGCUUCUACUUUUUUAGGAUCUGCCUGAAUUCCAUUUUUCCUACGAUAUACCCAACAUAGGAUAGUUCUUGUUGUACAAACUUUUCUGGAUUCAAUGUGAUCGAUUUGGAUCUACAACGUUCGAGCAACAUAAUAAUUCCUCGGUAGCGGUCUUCAAAUGAUUCAUAGCCCAAGAAAUUUAUACCUGGGCAGGCUGAUUUUUUCAGGGCUGAUUGGAGACUAUGUCCUGAGUAUUGAGCCAAAAAAAUCACACUCGAAAGCCUUGUG